GGCGGAGGGCUAAAGGUCUCCCUCCUUCUCCUUCUCUGCUGCUGCCGCUGCCACCGGGGAAGGGAGGCUCCUCUGCCAGGGACCAUGCCGGCCGUCUCCAAGGGGGAUGGGAUGCGCGGCCUGGCCGUCUUCAUCUCCGACAUCAGGAACUAAGGCGUUUACACUGAACUCCUCGGGGGAAGAGCAGUUCUUGAGAGUCUCAGAUGAUGCAGGAUGUCUCUUGGCAGGUAAAAGCAAAGAAGCUGAGAUAAAGCGAAUAAACAAAGAACUGGCAAACAUUCGAUCCAAAUUUAAAGGUGAUAAAGCCCUUGAUGGCUACAGUAAGAAAAAAUAUGUCUGCAAGCUGCUUUUCAUCUUCCUCCUGGGGCAUGAUAUUGAUUUUGGCCACAUGGAGGCUGUGAAUCUACUGAGUUCGAACAAAUACACAGAGAAGCAAAUUGGCUACCUGUUCAUCUCUGUACUUGUGAAUUCAAACAGUGAAUUGAUACGGCUGAUAAACAAUGCAAUUAAGAAUGACUUAGCCAGCCGCAACCCCACUUUUAUGGGACUAGCUUUACACUGCAUUGCCAACGUGGGUAGCAGAGAGAUGGCAGAAGCAUUUGCUGGAGAAAUUCCAAAGAUACUUGUAGCUGGAGACACCAUGGAUAGUGUGAAGCAGAGUGCAGCACUGUGCCUGUUACGAUUAUAUAGAACGUCUCCUGACCUGGUUCCUAUGGGAGACUGGACAUCAAGAGUUGUGCAUCUUCUUAAUGACCAGCAUCUGGGUGUGGUUACUGCUGCUACCAGUUUGAUCACUACUCUGGCACAAAAGAAUCCAGAUGAAUUUAAAACCUCGGUAUCUUUGGCUGUCUCCAGACUCAGCAGGAUUGUGACAUCUGCAUCGACUGAUCUCCAGGAUUAUACCUAUUACUUUGUGCCUGCUCCCUGGCUGUCUGUGAAAUUGCUUCGACUGCUGCAGUGCUAUCCACCCCCAGACCCUUCAGCACGAGGUCGUCUCACAGAGUGUCUAGAAACUAUUCUUAACAAAGCUCAAGAACCUCCAAAAUCCAAGAAAGUACAGCACUCAAAUGCAAAGAAUGCCGUGCUAUUUGAAGCCAUUAGUUUAAUUAUCCAUCAUGAUAGUGAGCCAAACCUGCUUGUUCGUGCCUGUAAUCAGUUAGGCCAAUUCUUGCAGCACCGGGAAACUAAUCUCCGUUACCUAGCAUUGGAAAGCAUGUGCACGCUUGCCAGCUCUGAGUUUUCACAUGAGGCUGUGAAAACACACAUAGAAACAGUUAUCAAUGCAUUGAAGACAGAGAGAGAUGUAAGCGUGAGACAGAGGGCAGUGGAUCUCCUAUAUGCCAUGUGUGACCGAAGCAACGCCCAGCAAAUUGUAGCUGAAAUGCUGAACUAUCUGGAAACUGCUGAUUAUUCUAUUAGAGAAGAAAUUGUACUAAAGGUUGCAAUUCUAGCUGAGAAAUAUGCCGUGGACUACACAUGGUAUGUAGAUACCAUCUUGAAUUUGAUUCGAAUUGCUGGAGAUUAUGUCAGUGAAGAGGUGUGGUACCGAGUUAUUCAGAUUGUAAUUAACAGAGAUGACGUUCAAGGAUAUGCAGCAAAGACUGUUUUUGAGGCUCUUCAAGCACCAGCAUGCCAUGAGAACUUAGUAAAAGUGGGUGGCUACAUCUUGGGAGAAUUUGGAAAUCUGAUUGCUGGGGAUCCAAGAUCUAGUCCUCUGAUCCAGUUCAACCUGCUGCACUCUAAGUUUCAUCUGUGCAGUGUCCCAACGAGGGCACUGCUUCUGUCAACUUACAUCAAAUUUGUUAAUUUGUUUCCUGAGAUAAAAACUACCAUUCAAGAUGUACUACGCAGUGACAGUCAGCUAAAAAAUGCUGAUGUAGAGCUACAGCAGAGGGCUGUUGAAUACUUGAGGCUCAGUACUAUUGCAAGCACUGAUAUCUUGGCAACAGUGCUAGAAGAAAUGCCUCCAUUUCCAGAGAGGGAGUCAUCCAUUCUGGCCAAGCUCAAGAAGAAAAAAGGCCCCAAUACAGUUACAGAUUUAGAAGAGACAAAAAAGGAGAGAAAUUCUGAUAUGAAUGGCAGCACUGAAGCUACAAUCAUGAAUGCCAGCACUGCAUCAACUCCAUCUCCUUCAGCAGACCUUUUAGGUCUCGGUGCAGCUCCAGUUACAAAUUCAGUUCCACCCCCAACAUCUAGUGGUAGCUUGUUGGUUGAUGUGUUUUCAGAUACUUCUGCAACUCCUGCAUCUCUUGCUCCUAGUUCCGAAGACAACUUCGCAAGUCCUGACCUGGUUUCAAGUGAGCAGGUAGUUUCUGAGGAGCCAGUUGAUGCUGUGCAUGAUGCUGAUGAACCUUUUCACAAGUUCAUUUGCAAAAAUAAUGGAGUCUUGUUUGAGAAUCAGUUACUACAGAUUGGUCUGAAAUCUGAGUUUCGACAGAACUUGGGUCGGAUGUUCAUAUUUUAUGGUAACAAAACAUCAACACAGUUCAUAAAUUUUACUUCCACUCUGGUCUGUUCAGAUGAUCUCCAAUCAAGCCUGAAUCUGCAAACAAAACCAGUUGAUCCCACUGUGGAGGGAGGUGCUCAAGUUCAGCAGAUAGUAAACAUCGAAUGCAUAUCAGACUUCAUGGAAGCACCAGUCCUAAAUAUUCAGUUCAGAUAUGGAGGAACAUUGCAAAACAUCUCUGUGAAGCUGCCCAUCACACUGAACAAGUUUUUUCAGCCUACUGAAAUGGCCUCUCAAGAUUUUUUCCAAAGGUGGAAACAGCUGAGCAGUCCUCAGCAAGAAGUGCAGAACAUUUUCAAAGCAAACCAUCCAAUGGAUACAGAAAUUACGAAGGCAAAGAUCAUUGGCUUUGGCACAGCUUUACUUGAAGAUGUGGAUCCCAACCCUGUUAAUUUUGUGGGGGCAGGCAUAAUACACACAAAAUCAAUCCAGAUUGGAUGUUUGAUGCGACUUGAGCCCAAUCUACAGGCACAGAUGUACAGGUUAACAUUACGAACAAGUAAAGAAACUGUAUCCCGAAGGUUAUGUGAACUUCUCUCUGAACAGUUCUGAACAGUUCAUAAUGCAAGACGAUUCUCCAAUAUUAUCAUUGUCCUUGUCCCGCUCCAGAAACGUCUGGUACACCAGUGUCUGCGAAACUAACUCCCACCACAUUCACAUCCCUGCCUUAAAUUGUCCCUUUUAUGUGAAAUAACUGUAUCAUAAACUCAUGUAAGCACUGGGGGUGGGAAUGGUUUUAUAUAUCUGGUGGAAAGAGGCUGGCAGGUCUUGUGUGUUUCAAUUUAACUGUGCUCCAUACAUUUUGGCAAAAGUUGUUUCCAACCCCUCCAUUUUUAAAAACUUUUUUGAUUGUUUCAGCACGUUUCAGUGAAAUUCUGUUUAAUGGAACUUGAAAGGGUCACAUUGUUGUGCUGGUCUGCUAGUCAACAUGGCUCAAUUCCUCAGAAGGUAUACAAGGGAAAUCUUCAGAAUGUUUGACAGACAGUCACUUUCACUACUCUUGUUUAUUGUCACUCAAGUCCCUGUUUCUGAAGAAAACUAUGAGCACUUGCUUUGUAAAGGACACUAAGAGGCACAUGCACAUAUUAUGAUGCAUAUUUUAAUAUCCUCAAACUCCUUGCUUUAAAAGCUUUAAAUUCCACCCUCCCUGCACCCAAGAUCUGAACUACCAAAGAGUACUUAAUUGUCUUGUCAAAUGCUGAAGUGUGAAAUUCAAGAUGGGUUCUUGGGUUAUUACGUGUUUCUCCAAAACUCUAGUUGAUCUAUCUAACCAUCUGUUCACUUGGGUUGUAAAUAAUUAAAAAAUCGAAUUGAAACAUUCUGACAUGCCAAUACUUUCCAAGGGAGCCUAUGCAUCUGUAAUUCUCAUUCACCCACUCCUCCCAUUUUUUUUUUGUCACUAAUGUGGGUUCCCCAUUUAUUACUUUCUUGUUCACAUUGGCUAGCUUCAACUACGGAGACUCUAGCCUGUUCAAUAUGGAAAUAAACUAUAUGGGCAUCAGCAAGUGCAAAGGA